AUGGGUGAGCACAUGUCUGGCGGUGUCGAUGUGAUAAUAAACUCUGGAUUGAAACGUCCUGUGCCCGACCUUCCCCCUCCUCGCAACUCCGACGCUGGAGACCGCAUGGCUGAGGACAAGCCUUCGGAGGAACCUUGCUCAGAUCCGUGCUACGAACAAGUGGGCAAUGCUGGACACAAUGCUGGAGACAUCGAUGAGUGCAUCAGCAUACCCUGCCAACAUGGAACCUGUGUGAACAAAGGUGGCGGAUACAAAUGUACCUGCUCACCUGGAUGGACUGGUCAGAACUGUCAGCAAGACAUCAAUGAGUGUAUCAGAAACCUGUGCCGACAUGGACGCUGUGUGAACAAAGAUGGCGGAUACAAAUGUACCUGCUCACCUGGAUGGACUGGUCAGAACUGUCAGCAAGACAUCAAUGAGUGUAUAAGAAACCCGUGCCACCAUGGACGCUGUGUGAACAAAGAUGGCGGAUACACAUGUACCUGCUCAUCCGGGUGGACUGGACAGAACUGUCAGCAAGACAUCAAUGAGUGCACCAAGAAACCAUGCCGACAUGGAACCUGCGUGAACAAAGAUGGCGGAUACAAAUGUACCUGCCCACCUGGAUGGACUGGUCAGAACUGUCAGCAAGACAUCAAUGAGUGCACCAGGAAACCAUGCCGACAUGGAACCUGCGUGAACAAAGAUGGCGGAUACAAAUGCACCUGCUCACCUGGAUGGACUGGUCAGAACUCAUCUAUACCCAGUUAG